CUACUGAUCCGCUGUCUCUCAGAACAAGUCUUGGGCUCUGAUUUGACUCCAAAUUACAGAGAUCUUCUAGCGGUGGUUUAUCUGUCGCACAGGGCAGAGCUUUCGGUCAAGCUGGACGUUUGUAGGAAGCUCUUCCACCUGAUCUAUUCCCAACAAGACAUUGUGCGACAGCUGGCCAAGCAGACUGGCUGGCAGGAUUUAUUGACCAAACUUUACAUCAAAGAGUCGUAUGAGACGAGGCCCCGUUUCCUAAGCAGUCCGUUGUAUGGAGGCACCUUGUGCGCCCUGAAACGGAUGGGCAGCAGCAAGGACUCGGAGUCCGGGAUUUGCAAGGAAGGCAACGAUGGAGCCCAUGGAUCAGUGGAGAACACAGACGCAGAUGUUGUAUUUCCA